CUCCGGCUCCGGCUCCGCUCGGUGCGCGGCUCCCGGGGGUCCCGGCCCAUGGCGGGGCGCUGAGCCCCCCGACCCCCACCAUGCGCUGGGGGGGCCUCCUCCUGCUCUGCCUGCUCCGCGGGGCGCUGGGCGCAGGACGCCCCCCCGGGAGCGAGGGACGGAGAGCUCGGGACACGUCCGAGGGCACCCGCAUCAGCCAGGACCUGGUGGGCGGCAGCCUGGCCAUCGACACCCUGCCGGCCAACGAGACCCGCAUCGUGGAGGACAACCACAGCUACUACGUGUCACGGAUCUACGGCCCGGGGGACGCGCGGCGCCGGGGGCUCUGGGUGGACAUGGCAGCGGCCAACAGGAGCCAAGUGAAGAUCCACGGGAUCCUCUCCAACACGCACCGGCAGGCCUCGAGGAUCGUCCUCUCCUUUGACUUCCCCUUCUAUGGCCACCUCCUGCGGCAGGUCACCAUCGCGACGGGCGGUUUUAUCUUCAUGGGGGACGUCAUCCACCGCAUGCUCACGGCCACUCAAUACAUCGCCCCCCUCAUGGCCAACUUCAACCCCAGCUACUCCCGCAACUCCACUGUCCAGUACCUGGACAAUGGGACGGUGUUUGUGGUGCAGUGGGACAAGGUUUAUCUCCAGGGCAAGGAGGACAUGGGCAGCUUCACCUUCCAGGCCGCCCUGCACAGCAGCGGGAGGAUCGUCUUCGGCUACAAGGAGAUCCCGGUGCCGGUCCUGCAGAUCAGCGCCAGCCAGCACCCCGUGAAGGCUGGGCUCUCUGACGCCUUCAUGGUCCUCAACCCUUCUCCCGAUGUGCCUGAGUCGCGGCGCCGGACCAUCUACGAGUACCACCGCGUGGAGCUGGACACCAGCAGGAUCAGCAGCCGCUCCGCCGUGGAGUUCACCCCGCUGCCCACCUGUCUCCAGCACCAGAGCUGUGAAAUGUGUGUGACCUCGGAGCUGACCUUCAACUGUAGCUGGUGCCACGUCCUGCAGAGGUGCUCCAGCGGCUUCGACCGGUACCGGGAGGAGUGGUUGUCCUACGGCUGCGGCCAGCCGGAUGAAAAGACCUGCGAGGAUUUAGCGGAAGGCGGCCGCUACUCAGCACCCCCGGACAGCUCGGCGUCACCGCAGGCCCAGGACGGCACCUCCCCGACGGCCUCGCUCUUCAUCGACAGCCUCACCACCGAGGGUGGGUGCCCAGCAGACGACACGAAGCUCAACCAGUUUGCGGGAGGAGAGGGUGUGGGAAGCAGCAGCCUCCCUUCGCAGAGCUCCGGAGCCCCGAUGCCCACGGGCACCAUCGUGGGCAUCGUCGUGGCCGUGCUGCUCCUGGCCGGGAUCAUCCUGGCCGGAAUUUACAUCAGCGGCCACCCCACAUCCGCCGCCGCCCUCUUCUUCAUCGAGCGGAGGCCGCACCGCUGGCCCGCCAUGAAAUUCCGGAACCGCUCCAACCACGCUUCGUAUGCCGAGGUGGAAGCGGCCAGCCAGGAAAAGGAGGGAUUCGUGGAGGCCGAGCAGUGCUGAGCGCUUUUCCCGAGGAAUCCCCAGGAAUCCCGAGCCUCCCUGAGUGCCGGAAUCUUCCAUCGUCCCAUUGCAAAGUGUGUCCCCUCUCGGGAAAGGAGCAGCGAGGAGAGGGAGAAGACCCCAAAAGGAGAUUUUUGGGAUGAAUGAGGGCGGCCUGGGUGUGUCUGGAUCCUCGUGGGCAGUGCCUGGAGCGGCACCAGGCUGGAAAAAAGCGCAGCCCAUUCUUUUUCAGCUCCCUGGGGAUUUCUGCCUUUUUUUGGUUGUUGUUCGUCUUCCCUCCUUUUGCUGGAGCCUGGACAGGGGCAGGGAUGGUGGGGAAAUCUCCCUGUGGGCAAAACAGGGAUUUGCUGGAGCAGCAGAGAGGAUUUUUGGGGCGCCGGUGCUCAGGAACGUUGUGCCGGUGCCUCUGGAGCGGCUGGGAAGUGGGAACAGAUCCCGUGGAAUCCCAGGAGGGGCAUCCAGGGCUCCUCUCCCACCCCUCACCCCCGGCUCUGUCCCUUUCUCCUCUCUCCUCCUUCCACUGACAUUUGAAUUUUGCCUUCACGGCUCAGCAGCCUCCAGCCCUGGAUCUCCUCAUCCCACCUCUGUUUUUCCACCCCUGUGCCUCCAACUCUCCCUUCCGAGCAGCCCCUUCCAGCCCCAGCUCCCGGGAAAGGGGAAUUUGGUUUGUUCUGAGGACAAAACACCGCCGAGGAUUCACCUGCAGGAUCUGCGCGGGCCCCACCGGCUUUGCUGCGCUUUUGGGCACUUAAUGAGUUUUGCUGAAUUGCUAAUUGUGACCCUUGGCCCUUAAAGGGGAGGGGGAGGGGGAAAUAAAUCUGAGAUUCCGCCAAAA